CAUCUCGCGCACUGACCUCUUUUUGACGUCUGGACUCGUCAAUCGAGGCAUAGCAGCCAUCCUGGAUCUCUUGUCUUUUCUCUUCCACGAGAUGAGCCAGGUCGGUGGGCGAUAAGGGAAUUGAUUCAUCGCUGGCAGCAUGGGCGACUGGAAGCGACGACGACUGAGGCUGGAUGCUGAAUAUGCAUCGCCGGGCCCCGCGGGAAGAGCCUCUUCAGCAGAUUCAAACGAUACGGCGCUCACUGCGACACAUCCGCAACCUGAUGAGAGACAUCGUUCCAGCACGACGCCUGCGGAGCGAACGGAUCGUACCGGCCGUGCCUCGUCGAUCCCCGAACGCGCAGACCUCCCGUCCCCGAAGACGCCGCAGUCGGCCAUGAACGCAGAAGAUGCCUCGUCUCAGUCGAAACCUUCUGGCCGGAGACGAGUUGCGCGAGCCUGUGAGCCGUGCCGGGAGCAAAAGGUCAAGUGCGGCGGACAACAACCAGCAUGCGAACGCUGUCAGGGAUACGGGGUAGCUUGCUAUUAUAGCGAGGGGAAAAGGGAACGGGUGGCCAAGGAGUUAGAGCAGCUCUCCAAUCAGGUCCGCAAUUAUGAAGCCUUGUUGCGGCAGCUUCAAUACCGGGUGGACGAACAAGAUGCACGACUCAUCGAGAGGGCUCUGCCCAACGUGCGCUCGACGCACCGUGUGCCCCUUCCAACCCCCUCUAAUCCACUUCAGCAGUAUCACCCGGCUGAUCGAGUGAUGAUGUCUACGGAGGCAACGGCGUCGCCAUCAGGCACCGAAGCUCUGAUCAACGACGCAACGGGAAGAAUGGGACACAAUUCAGCAAAGACGUUUCAGGUGGUCGACUAUACAGACGAGGACUUCAAUCGAAAUAAGAAAGCCCAGGCGACUGGAUUCGUAGGGACAUAUUCGGAUACUUCGUGGAUGCAGAAGUUGAAGAGGGAUAUCCAUGAGGAAUCGAACUCGACCGUCCCUGUGUCGUCACAGAUCCCCAGUGGUGCUAACGACGAAAACUACUCGGUGGCAUCCGUCAGUUAUUUCCUGGACGACAUCGAAUUGUCGGUAGCUGGAGAUAUCGACCCAUACCAGUUGCCUUCGCAGGCAGUAGCCGACAAGCUGUUGAACUCUUACUUCAACGUCGUCCAUCCCACGUUCCCUAUCGUGGGCAAAGUCACAUUCAUGCACCAAUACCGAUUAUUCUACAGCAAGCCUUCUGUCAGACCGGGGAACAAGUGGCUGGCCAUCUUGAACCUAAUAUUCGCGCUGGCUGCGAAAUAUACGACCCUCGUUGAAGAAACAUUCAGAGGCCCCGACAGUGAUCACUUCGUAUAUUUCACGCGUGCGUGCCAGCUGAGUAUCAAUAAGGCGCCACUUUUAGCUCACCCGGAUCUGCAGCAAGUGCAGGUGGAAGGCCUUAUGUCCUUUUACUUCUUGACAAUUGGUCAGGUCAACAGAUCGUGGAGAAUCUGCGGUGGUGCUGUCCGUUCGGCGGUGGCUAUGGGCAUCAACCUGCGAAGCGAAAGUAAAGUAAUAUCGAGUACAUCCAAGGAGAUUCGAUAUCGGGUCUGGUGGGCCUUGUACACGCUGGAGCAUUUACUUUGCAUCAUGACGGGUCGUCCCAUCAGCUACGCGGAGAAGUCGUGUACAACACCGCUUCCCGUUCCAUUUGAGGAAGAGGACUUCCAAGAUCCCUAUGUGGCUGGCGUUCUGUCAAAUCACCAACUGCGCAGGCAGUGCCUGGACGAUGUUCUCGCUGCUCCUCCGAAGCCUUCUCUCUCCACUACGCCAACGACUCCCAGGAAUUCAUGGAGGGAAGCUGUGGUUAUCCAUGGACCGUACCAGCAGGCUGCUGCUAGAGUCCCGAGGAUGAUCACUCCCAACGUAUCACUAUAUUUUGUCUUCUUCAUCGAGUUAACCUUGAUCAUGCGAAAUGCCAUCGACACAUUGUAUUCUCCUGGAGCCGCCCAGCGACCGUGGGUUGAAGUGGAAGGUUCCAUCCUGGGGCUAAGUGAGCAGAUCGAGACCUGGUUCGAGAAACUGCCAGAAGUGUUUCGGUUCAAGGAGCCUCAUAAGGACGAUAGGUUUGUAAGACAACGAGCAAGUUUGGCCUUUCGGUAUUACAGCACCCGCUUAACCAUCAGCCGUCCUUGCUUGCGUCGGCUUGACCGACAACCUAGCAAUGACCGAGAGUCUAGCCGGCCGGUGGAUAGUACGGCCACGCUGGGGAUCAAUUCGGCCUGCCAGAUGCUAGCCCUGUUGCCCGACGAGCCCGAUGUCAUCUGGCUCAAUCGCAUAUCCCCUUGGUGGUGUGUGUUGCAUUAUCUGAUGCAGUCAACCGCCGUGCUGCUGAUCGAGAUUGCCUAUAGGGCACAGCAUAACCCUCAUGGAGUCUUGCCAAUAUUUGAACAAGCCAAAAAGGCGGUCCGCUGGCUUCAUCGCAUGUCGUCAGGAAGUGUGGAUUCACAACGUGCUUGGAAUCUCUGCGAUGAUAUUAUCCGUCGCCUGGCUAGAAAACUCUCUCUCGACAUCGCUGAUUUGCCCACUACUCGUCUAACGGUGGAGACUAACAAGAUUCCAACACAUCCGACGGUGCUGUCUACACCGUCUAUGGAUGAUCAUACAGGGCAUCAACCCGCUCCUGAUGCCUCAGCAUCACAUGCGCCAAAGAAUAUCAUGGUGCAUCCGUCCGUGCUUACAGAAUACGACCAGUACUUGACUUACGACAUGGCGCUAGAUGAUCUUCUGGGUUCUCCACUCCUUUCUCCUGGGAAUGCAUGCUUCAGUCUUAGUGACAUUGAUACUGAUUACUAAUGGUUCUUCAUGAUCUCGGUGUUCGGAGUUUUACCAAGAAGUUGUAGUAUUUGCAGCGGGCGGUGGUCCCAUCUGUUCAUGUCCAUGAUGAGUAUCGAUAUUUAACCUUUUUUUUUUGUGCAAACUUUCCAAGCUGGGUCGUUAGGAUGAGUUGUCGCUUAUUGGACCCGGCUCAAAAUCAUUUUUAUACAUUGUACAUAUACCCAAUUUGUAGAUGACAAUGAGGUCC